CAGGUGGGAAACCAAAACACGCGUUAUCACGUGUUACAUAAAGUUGGAACGAGUGUACUGCGUGACUGCGGGUGGAGGAUGGAGGAAGAGUGGGAUGAAGAGGAGCAGCUGGUUGUGGCCGAGUUCUCCGGAGUGAUCGACUCGGAUGUGUUCUGUAAGCGCGAUGGUGUGUGUAAAAUAGUGGGCAUGAGCAGUGAGCAGCCCAUGGUGCAGGUGGGCCGCUAUGUGUUCGCCGGGGAAUACGAAGACGCCAUGGGGUCCUGCGUGAUCUUUAAAGAGCAGUCAAAGGAUCAGACAAACUCCAGCUCCAGCCCUGUGCUCAAAUACAAGUGUCACACCACGAAGAAGCUGAUGCUCCAGAGGACCUUCCUGUCCGAGAGGAAGGAGGGAGAUCCGAGCUCAGGAGGCAUCGAGGUCCUGUCUCUGAACGAGGGGGAUGUGUGUGGAAGAUCCAUCUCGGUGUGUCACUACACCCUGGACCCCAAAGAGCUUCAGAGAACAAAUGCUGGAGAAGACAUCAGUGACCAGUCAGACACUGAAAAAACACACAUAAAUGAGGAGCCCAGAGAAAACCUUGCAGAGUAAAACUGGACCUGAACUGGACUGGAGAACAAAUCUCACUCCAGUGUCAGGGACAAUAUACAAUCGUGAUACAUUAAUAUAUUAGGAAGCAAUAACCAAUAUUUUGUACUAGAAUGCAUGAUGCAGAUUCAGAAGACGUGUCAUUAUAUGAGUGUUGUCGACAUAUUGACUCAGGUUCUAUUACAGAGACAAUAUGUGGGAUGUGGUGGCUCAGUGAUUAAGAUGUUGGAUUACUGACCGGAAGGCCGUGUGUUUGAGUCCCAGGUCCAUCAAGCUGCCACUGCUGGGCCACUGAGCAAGGCCCGUAACACACAAUUGCUCAGUCGUGUAAAAUGAAGUCACUCUGGAUAAGGGUGUCUGCUUAAUACCAGAAAUGUAAAUGCAGAUACUGCUAAAGUCUGUAAUAUGCAAAUUAUACCAAUAAUAAACACUCAUUUGUUAUUGACUAAAGCAGCUUCCAGAGUAGAUUUUGGUAAAUGUUUUAUGUGAACAGAGCAUUAAUGUGAUCCAUAGGAGUCAGUCACUGCACUGCAAAAUGUUUGGUCAUUGUAGUUCAUUACUAGACUUUUUUCCACUAGAAGGGAGAAAGACCACAUACUGUACAGAAUAUCAGAAUAAAGAAAAAGAAUCUUCUGUACACAACAAUGAAUAUAUAUAUUUUGUUGUUUUUAAUUGAAUAAAAUUAAAAGUAAUAGCUGACAAA